UUGGUGGAGGUUGUGUUGAUUAGUGUUUAUCAUGUCGCAGAAUAAUCAUUCGAAAAGGAAAAGACCCGAUGGGGAGAGCUCUGACGAGGAAGAUGACAGUGCUGAGGCCACUUCCACCAAGACAGGACCUCCUCGUCUCUGUCCCUACCUGGACACUAUAAACCGACAGUUCCUGGACUUUGAUUUCGAGAAAUUGUGCUCGGUGUCUCUGUCUCGUAUCAAUGUGUACGCCUGUCUCGUUUGUGGAAAAUAUUUUCAGGGGAGAGGAACCAAUACACAUGCCUAUACCCACAGUGUUGCUGAGAGUCAUCACGUCUUUCUGAAUCUCCACACGUUGAAGUUUUAUUGUCUCCCAGAUAAUUAUCAAAUCGUUGAUUCGUCGUUGGAUGAUAUAAAAUAUGUACUCAAUCCAACAUUUAGUAAGACUCAGAUUGUUCAGAUGGACAGGACGGAUAAACUAUCGAGGGCUAUCGAUGGCUCGAUGUAUUCUCCAGGAAUCGUGGGGAUGAAUAAUAUCAAAGCGAACGAUUACUGUAACGUUGUUUUACAGGCUCUAUCCCACGUCAGUCCUCUUCGAGAUUUUUUCCUGAGAGAAUCCAAUUAUUCCAAAGUGAAGAGGCCCCCUGGAGACUCCUCAUACCUUCUCGUCCAAAGAUUCGGGGAAUUGAUGAGAAAGCUGUGGAAUCCACGAAAUUUCAAGGCCCAUGUGAGCCCCCACGAAAUGCUCCAGGCGGUGGUUUUGUGGAGUAAAAAGCGGUUUCAAUUCACAGAACAAGGGGAUCCUGUGGAUUUUCUCUCCUGGUUUCUCAACGCUCUCCAUCUUGCCCUCAACGGCAGCAAAAAACCCAAUUCAAGUAUUAUUUAUAAGACGUUCUUGGGGCACAUGAGGAUAUACACCCGCAAGAUUCCACCCCUCGAGCUCGAGGAGAGCCAGAGAAGUGAGUUAUUAAAUACAGUUGAGUACGGUGAGACAGUCACAGAGAGUCCUUUUUUGUAUUUAACUUGUGAUUUGCCACCUCCACCACUUUUCAAGGAUCAAUUCACGGAAAAUAUCAUUCCCCAGGUCAAUCUCUACACACUCCUGAAUAAAUUCAAUGCAGUCGCAGAGAAGGAGUACAAAACGUACAAAGAGAAUUUCAUGAAACGAUUUGAGAUUACAGAGCUGCCACCUUAUCUAAUUCUGUACAUAAAAAGAUUUACAAAGAACACAUUUUUCGUCGAGAAAAAUCCAACAAUCGUGAAUUUUCCAGUCAAAAACGUCGACUUCGGGGAUAUCUUGACGCCAGAGGUCAAGGAGAAGCAUCCGUGUUCUACAUACGACUUGAUCGCAAAUAUUGUUCACGAUGGAGAACCUGGCCAGGGCACCUACAGGGUCCACAUUCUGCAUAAAGCAACUGGCCAGUGGUACGAGCUCCAGGAUCUCCAUGUCACGCCAAUUUUACCUCAAAUGAUAACUCUCACCGAGGCGUACAUUCAAAUUUACGAACUUCGUGAGGAGGACGGAUCAUCAGAAAAAUCGAAAUAAUACCAAAAUCAUGUACCUAAAUAAAGUCGAGAUAUACAUUUUUGAUUGACGUAUUCCCCA